ACUGAAAACAAAAAUGGAGCAAAGAACCUGCAGAGCUUCAAUAGUUGUUCUUUUGACUUUACUUCAAGGUUUUCUCUCCUGUGAUGCUGUGGAGAUUCAGCCCUCCAGGAACCCAGCGGUUGUGGGGAGCACAGUGACGCUGUCGCUCACUCCUUCUGUGUCUCUGACCAGUGGAAACUGGGCAGUGGAUGAAACCUUCAUCCUCACGUGGCUCGGGGAGCAGCAGGCAGUUUUUCCGGGCUACAGCGGCAGGGCUUCUGUGAAUGUGACCAGUGGAGCGCUCACGCUGCGCGCCCUCACCGUCAGCGACUCAGGGCUCUAUCAGGUGCAGAGCGGCCACCCGCUGCUGAAGGCCAGUGUUUUCCUCACUGUUGUAGAGCCCAUUUCCAACGUGACCCUCAGAGUAAAUCGGAGCGAUCUGAUAGAGCAUCAAGCCUCAGGCCUCAUCAGCUGCUCCGUCUCUGCCGGAUCUUCUCUCUCUUUCCGCUGGAUGAACGGCAGCUCUGAGGUCACAGCCGCUGACAGAGUUCAGUUCACCGACGGAAACUCCUCUCUCAAUAUUGUCAGAGUGAGCCGCUACGAUUCAGGACCAUUUAGAUGUGAAGCAUUUAAUCCUAUCAGUAAUGGGACCAGUGAUUCAGUAAACUUCACUGUCAGCUACGGCCCGGAUAACAUGCGCCUCACAGUGAAUGGACUGAACGCCACUGUCUUCUCUGCUGGGUCCAAUCUGAGCAUGCUCUGUCUGGCAGAGUCCAACCCUCCUGCUCAGCUUCAGUGGGGCUUCAGGGGAAAUCUUGUGAAUGCUACAGGGACAAUGUUGGAGCUUUUCCACGUCAGACCGGACCAAAGUGGUCCAUAUUCCUGCCUGGCCUUCAACAGCCGCACAAACCUGUACAACAAUGUAACAACACACAUCACAAUAUCGAGGUCGGAACGACUGCAAGCCAACGUUUUCCUUCUUCCUCUGCUGUUGUUGGCUGGAUUCGCUUUGCCACUUUCAGAUCCUGUCCACAGCCAAAUCAUAUAUCCUUCUGAGAACCCCGUACCACUGCGGAGCAACGUGACCAUCAUCAGCAAUACCAACAUUACCUUGGGAACAUGGACAUUUGACAACAAUCUCCUGGCAUUAAUUUACCCUGGAGGGUUUCGUUUAAGUGCAGCUAAACGUGACAGGUUUAUUUAUGAUUCCAACACAUCGUCUCUGACUAUAAUAUCAGCACAACUGGCCGACUCUGGUGUGUACAAGUUAGAAGAAAUGGACAAGUUUUCUGUUCAGGUGCAGCUGUCAGUCCAAGAGCCAAUUUCAAAUGUGACUUUAUCAGCACAAAGGACGGAUCUGGUGGAGUUCAACGAUACAGCGGUCUUUGUUUGCUCAGUCUCCACCGGGACGUCUUUGUCUUAUAAAUGGUUGGCAAGAAACUCAGAAAUAUCAACUGGAGCAGGUGUGCUGCUCAGCAAUGGCGGUGCCAAUCUUAGCAUAGCCGGGCUGACCCGCUAUGACGAGGGACCAUACAGGUGCAAUGUGUCCAAUGGACUUGGAUAUAAUGUCAGCUCACCUAUUCAUCUGAACGUCAGCUAUGGACCAAACAAUGCAACCAUGACAGUCGACCCCGUGAAGCACACGUACAGAUCAGGGUCGAACAUCACACUGUGGUGCUCCGUGGAGUCCAGACCCACAGCAAUGGUCCAGUGGAUGUUGGAUGGAGUCAACCUUAACAAGUCUGGGUUACAGCUUCACCUGCAGAACGUCAAAGAAAACAACACAGGAACCUACAAAUGUUUGUUUCACAACACGGUCACAAUGAGGUUCAGCAGUGACAGUACAGUGAUACGGGUGAUGGAUCCGAUAUCAGCAGUGGUCAUGAGUGAGGCUAAAGGACCAGCAGUACUAGAUGAGGCAUUUAGUCUCCAGUGUGAAGCGACUGGACUUGUUGGCAGCAUCCAGUGGUGGAAAAACGGCAGCCUAAUAACUCCUGAUAAUAGAACUACGUUUGGCAACAAGACUCUGACGCUCAAUCCAGUCCAGCUUUCUGAUGGUGGAAUCUACAUGUGUCACGUUUUUAAUCUCGUGAGCAACUUGACCAGCGACGCCUUCGCUGUUGUAGUGAACUAUGGACCAAUGAAGCCAACUGUAAUGGGACCAAAUGUGGUGAAGUCAGGAAACACUGCUACCUUCAAUUGCUCAGCAGAAUCUGUUCCACUGAGUCUCUACCAAUGGUACUUCAAUGGUUCUGUGGUCUCCAACAUGUCUGAGUAUACAACACCCUCACUCACCAAAGACAUGAGCGGGUACUACAUCUGCAUGGCCUUAAACACCAUCACAGGGAAGAACAGCACUGCCAGCAUAAUGCUCAGAGUUGUUGAUCCGAUACGAAAUGUUCAAGUCGAAGCUCAGAUGAAUCUUGCUGUUGAAGGUCAUCCUUAUAAUUUAACCUGCAGAGUAAAUGAAACUUUUGACCAUAUUUACUGGAUGAGAAACGGUGAAAAACUGAAUCCUGACAACAGAACUACAAUCCUCAUGGAAAAUAUGACAAUGAGUUUCAUGAGCAUGCAGCGAAAUGACACUGGAAACUACACAUGCCUGGCUGCUAAUGCUGUAGGAAACAUGGCCAGCAAACCCUUCAUGCUCCUGGUCAACUAUGGUCCAGAUAUGCCAGUCAUCAUGGGACCAAGAGCAGUACAGACAGGGGACAAUGCCACACUCAGAUGCCAUGCAAAGUCGGUGCCUCCAAGUCUCUACCAAUGGCACUUCAAUGGUUCUGUGGUCUCCAACAUGUCUGAGUACAUGACACCUCCUCUAACACAAGACAUGAGCUGGAAGUACACCUGCAUGGCCUUAAACACCAUCACUGGAAAGAACAGCAGUGCCAGCAUGAUGCUCGCAGUUGUUGAUCCAAUACAGAGUGUGGAAAUACAAGCUCAGAUGAAUUCUGCCAUGGAAAAUUAUUCAUAUAAUCUAACGUGCAACGUAGUUGGGCCUGCUGAUUAUAUCUACUGGAUGAAAAGUGGUAAUCUGCUGCUUGCAGACAACACAACCAUUUUCGAUAUGAACAACAAGACAGUCAUGUUCCUGGCAUUGAACAGUUCUGACAGUGGACAAUACCAAUGUGUCGCAGUAAAUGCUUUGGGAAACAUGACAAGCGCUGACUACACGCUUCAUGUCAUCUAUGGACCAAAGAUGCCAACUAUCUCAGGACCAAAAGCAGUGAAGCCAGGAAGCAGUGCAACACUUUCCUGCUACGCACCAUCAUACCCACCAAGUUUCUACAGAUGGUACUUCAAUGAUACUCUGGUUUCCAACAUGUCAAAGUACAUGACACCUCCUGUCACUGAAGAGAAGAGUCUAAAGUACACGUGCAUGGCCUUCAACAACAUCACAGGGAAGAACAGCAGUGCCAGCAUAACAAUCACAGCUAUUGCAUCAAUUAAAAAUGUACAAAUAGAUACACUAACAUCGGAUGCCAUGGAAGGUCACUCAUAUAAUUUAAUGUGCAAUGUAACUGGAGAUGUGGAUAAUAUUUACUGGAUGAAAAAUGGUGAACAAAUUCAUCAAGACAACAGCACUGUUUUCUCUAUGGACAACAAGACAGUCAACUUUAUGCCAGUAGAUCGUUAUGAUGCUGGAGACUAUGUAUGCAUGGCUGUGAAUCCCGUUGGAAACCUGACGAGCAGCGCUUACCUGCUUCAGGUCAUCUUUGGACCAGAUGAACCCAUAAUUCAUGGGCCAGAGUUUGGGGAAGCAGGACGCAAUGCGGUCUUCAACUGUUCUGCCGCAUCGAUGCCUCCCAGCACCUACAGUUGGUGGUUUAAUGACUCCUUGAUGGCCAAUACCUCAGAGUUCACAGCUGGGCCGCUUUCUUUCAACAUGAGUGGCACAUAUACAUGUGUGGCCCACAAUCAUGUGACAGAGAAGAACAGCACAACCUCUAAAAUGCUCGCUGUCAUAGAGGGAAUAGAUUCAGUGAUGAUUCAAAACAACUUGACUCCAAUAAGCAAUGAAAAUUUUACCCUCACAUGUCGCGUUGUUGGGCCCUAUGACGCCCUCUACUGGAUGAAAGAUGGCAUGCAGCUCAGCCUGAAUGCCUCCGAUCCAGCCCCAUCCUUGUACAUUACUGAAGACAACAUUCUGCACUUCACCCAGCUGACAACACAGAGUAACGGGGCCUAUCAGUGUGUCGCAACCAACAAGGCUGCUCUGCAUAAGAGUCAACAGUACAAACUUCUUGUUCACUAUGGUCCAUUGAACAUGAACAUCUCUGGUCCAGGGUCAGCAAAAGAUGGUGCCGUUGUGUCUCUGAAUUGCACUGUUGACUCUUACCCGGAGUGUGACUUCUACUGGUUCUUAAAUAAUAAAUCAUCACUUCUUAAGAUAGGAUCUGUUGUCAGUUUCUCUGCAACUAGAGGACAAGUAGGGGAUUACAUAUGCGUCGCAACAAACCCAGUGACAAACGUCACAAUGACGCAAACUAAAUCUUUUGCUAUUGAAAAUCAUGCCUCUGCAAACCACAUCACAAACAAAGGAGCUGUGCUGCUCAUGGGUUUGUGUCCUGUCCUUGUUCACCUGCUGCUCCUUUGAGUCCUGCCCGACGGACCACUGGCUCCCGCUACAAGCCUUCAAUCUCACAAUAUUACUACUGAAAUGACACAACAAUCUCUGGGUUAAAACUGAAUAAUUCAUAUGCUUCUCCAGUUCUGUCACUGUUGUUAAUUUUAUUACUGGCUUGUACCAUGUGCAAACGUGGUACAAGGCAUAUCUGUACUGUCUUACAGUAAGAGUCAUGAGUGCAAUCCUUUUAAAUAGCCUGCAAAUCCUUCAGCACAAAUUACAGAUUCUUCACACUUAAUACCUGAUCUUUUUCUUAGAUAACCAAUUAAUUAUUAAUUAAUUAUCAUAUUUAAUUUAAGGUAAUGUUAUUACACACUUAUUUACUGGUUUUUACUUGCUAAUCAAUAAAAUAAACAGAAACAUUGAUUAUAGAGACUUUAUUGAAGAGGUUAUAACAAUUUUGUGUUAACAUGGACAGCCUGUCUGCAAAAUGUAAUCAGCACUUUGUUUAAAAUGUAAAAUAUGUAUGAAAAUAAAAAAAAUAAAAAAGUUA